ACGGCGCCCACGGCGACGGUCACGCACGUAUAUUCCCGCCACGAUGCCUGAGAAGGUUGCGCUCAUCGGCUCCGGCAACUGGGGCUCCGCAAUCGCCACAAAGAUUGGCGUCAACGCGUCGGCGUGUGCAGACUUCGACGACAAGGUGUACAUGUGGGUGUUUGAGGAGUACGUCAAGGAGGAGGAUGGGAAGUGGGUACGCCCGGCGCGUGGAGCAAAGCCGCCCGAGGGGAAGACGUGGGUGGAUGAGGGGUACACGCCGCUCACGCAAGUGAUCAACGAGAAGCACGAGAACGUCAUCUACCUGCCCGGGAUCGAGCUCCCUCACAACAUCGUGGCGUGCCCCGACGUCGCGACUUGCGUCGACGGCGCGACGAUGAUGGUCUUCGUCAUCCCGCACAACUUCCUCGCGCCCAUUGUGCCAAAGAUGGAGGGCAAGUUUGCAAAGGGCGCCAUUGGCUGCUCCCUCAUCAAGGGCAUCGAGUUCGAGAAGGAGGGCGACAUGAAGCCCAUCCUCAUCUCGGACUUGCUGCAGGCCGAGAUGAAGAAGUCGGACGGUGCGCCCGUCGUCGACAUGUCGGUGCUGAUGGGCGCCAACGUCGCCAACGAGGUCGCCAAGGGCGACUUUGCCGAGGCGACGAUUGGGUGCACGAAGCCAGAGAACGGCCUCAAGUGGUGCAAGCUCUUCAACACCAAGGACUUCGCGGUGCAGGCCGUGACGGACGUCGCGGGCGCCGAGCUGUGCGGCGCGAUGAAGAACGUCGUCGCGCUCGGCGCCGGCUUCUGCGACGGCCUCGGCUAUGGCGGCAACACCAAGGCCGCCAUCAUCCGCAUCGGCCUCAAAGAGAUGCAGAAGUUCUGCAAGGUGUUUUACGGCGACCGCCAGAUCAAGGACGAGACGUUCCUCGAGUCGUGCGGGGUGGCAGAUUUGGUGACGACGUGCUUCGGUGGCCGCAACCGCAAGUGCGCCGACAUCUUUGCGAAGAACAUCGCGGCGGGCACGCCAAAGGCGUGGGAUGUGAUCGAGGCAGAGGAGCUGAACGGGCAGAAGCUGCAGGGCGAGCGGACCGGUACCGCGCAGGACGUGAUGAAGGCGAUCAAAGCAAAGGGCGUGGUGGACGCCUUCCCGCUCUUUUCGCAGAUCCACAAGAUUGCGUUCGAGGGCGCCAAGCCCGAGACGAUCAUCGACAUGAAGCUCGAGAAGUACUACUAAGGGAGGCUUCUUUCACGGCAGUGCGGCGGGAGGAACACCUGAGAUGUUGUAGCCGUGGCGCGAGAUGCCGCGCGAUCGAUCGCGGCCCAUCGUCGCACAGCCCCCCUCCCCCACUCACUGAGGCUAGCCGACUACCCGCGUCUGAACCUAUACUGCGAGAGAGAGAGAGAGGAGAUGGUGAGUCGGUAUAGUUUACCUUUGCACAACAAAACUCUUGUACCUACUUACU